AUGGCGGAGCCGGGCGACCAGGCUGAAGGGUCUCACCCGGAAGGCGGAUUGGCUUCUGGAGGAGAGGAGACACAGGAAACAGAAGUCCAAGCGGAAUCACCACCGCUAGAGAACAAUGACCAGAUAAGCAAACAGGCGGAGGGUGCCUCGGAAGAGCAAAUCACCACUGAAGGCGGAGGGGAAGUGGGAGGGGAAGGCUCAGAUGAGGAGGAAGUCGCUGAGGAUGAGGAAGAGUCCACGGAAGGACAAGUUGCUGUUGAAGAUAACGCCGAGGAGGAAGACCUGCCCGUUGGGGAAAUCGUACCCUUUUCUAAUGUGGAAGUCACAAUGGUUGAAAGACGAAUCAGCUCUGCACAGUCCAUUCAUUCAGAUGCCAACCUUCAGGAAGAGCCAGAAGAUGGAAAUGGCCCUGAACAUCUGCAGGAAAGCGUUGAAGAUUCCUAUCAAGAAGCCGUUGAGCCAUCUGAAUCAAAAGGGGCCAUCUCCAGAGAGCCCAGUCUGCAGCAAGUCGCAGGCCCAUCUGAGCAAACGGGCCCAGGUGCUUCUGAACCCACAGAGGACAGCUUGACGGAAGCACAGAAAGACGCCCCACAGAAGGCCUUUCCCAUGGGGACCCAACACCACGUCAGACUGAGCCUGGAGAACAUCGCAGAGGAGCUUCCCCAGAGCACCCAGGAGCCAGAGGAGGAGCCCCAGGCAGGACCUCGGGAGGAACCCCUGACGGCCUUCCUGGACCGGAUCCAACAACUGACCUCAGAGGAAGAGGCCCUGGAGGACAGAAUCGAGUCCGACGAGAGUGAAGAGGCUGAAGAAGAGGCAUCCCAACUGGUGGUUCUGGACCCUGAGCACCCUCUGAUGGUCAGGUUCCAGGCUGCCCUGAAGAGCUACCUUACCCGACAGAUAGACAAGUUGAGGCUGGAACUUCAAGAGCUGGUGCUGGCCACCAAGCAAAGCCACGCCCAGCGGCAGGAGCUGGGCGUCAAUCUCUAUGGAGUCCAGCAGCACCUAGCCCGCCUGCAGAUGCAGCUGGAGAAGAGCCAUGACCGCCACUCGGUGGCCGCGUGUGAGAGGAGGCAGCAGGAGGAGCAGCUGCGGGAGGCGCGCGCGCUCUACGACAAGACCAACGCGGCCGCCAACCAGGAGCGCAAAAAGCUGGCAGCCCUGCAGUUGGAGAUGGAGAGGUUGGCCCUGAAUCUCUUCUACAUGCAGAACGUGGACCAGGACGUGCGGGACGACAUCUGCGUGAUGAAGCAGGUGGUGAAGAAGGCCGAGGUGGAGCGCACUCGGGCGGAGGCAGAGAAGAGAAAGCAGGACCUGUUCGUGGACCAGCUCACCAUGCGGACCAGCCAGCUGGAAGACGACAUCUCUCUGUUCGAGGCGCAGUACCUUGCCCAAGCUGAGGACACCCAGACCUUAAGGAAAGCAGUGAGUGAGGCCUGCAUGGAGAUAGACGCCAUCAACAUGGAGAAGAAGCGCAUCCUGCAGCAGUGGUCCACCAGCCUGGUGGGCAUGAAGCACCGCAACGAGGCGCACCGCACCAUCACGGAGGCCCUCAGAGAAUGCCAGCACCAAGCCAAGUCCGUCGACAGCGAGCUGGAGGCCUACAAGAAGUCCAUCAUGAAGGAGGAAGAAAAGAAUGAGAAGCUGGCCAGCAUCCUGAGCCGGACAGAGACGGAGGCCACCCUGCUGAAGAAGCUGACCACACAGUGCCUGGCUAAGCACGAGCUUCUGCAGGAUGAGUUCAGCACCUACAGGCUCACCCUGCAGAACACAGAGGACGCCCUGAGCAAGGGCCACCAGGAGCAUGCAGCUGUUACACGCGAGCUGCAGAGUAUCCAGCAGACCACCCACCAGGAGCUGGACCUGCGGCACAGGAUGCACGCCUCCAUCCUGGACAAGCUGCAGGAGCACAUGACCUCCAACAAGACGACCAAGUCCUUCAGGCAGCUCCUGCUGAGGCUUCAGAAGAAGAAGACCAACAUGGUGACACAUCUUUCCAAACUCGAUGGUGACAUGGCUCAGGCCACCCUGGACAUCACCCACACCAACUGCAGGCUGGACAUGCAUCAGAGGGUGCUGGGCGAGCUGGACAAGGAGGUGAAGAGGGUGAACGACCUCAUCACCAACAGUGAGCACGAGAUCGCCCGGCGCACGAUCCUCAUCGAGAGGAAGCAGGGCCUCAUCAACUUCUUCAACAAGCAGCUGGAGCAGAUGGUCUCGGAGCUGGGGGGGGAAGAAUUAGGGCCCCUGGAGCUGGAAAUCAAAAGGCUGACCAAGCAGAUGGACGAGCACAAUGCCAGUGUCAACCAGGCCCAGGUGACCUGGCUCCGCCUGCAGCAGGAGCUGGUCAAGGUCACGCAGGAGCGGGAGGAGCAGGUGGCGGCCCUGGACAUGCUCAGGAAGGACAUCCGCAUCCUGGAGCAGAAGAAGCUUCGCACCGAGAACAAGAUUGAGCAAGAGAAGAAGGAGCAGAAGGAGAUCGAGCGCCACACGCGGGACUUGGACAACGACCUCAAGAAGCUCAACCUGCUCAUGAGCAAGAGUCGGGGCAGCUCCCAGGGGCUGCAGCAGGACAACCUGGUGGCCGAGGCGGAGUGCGUGCGCUCGCUGAAGGCCGCCGAGAGGGAGACCAUGGAGAUGCAGGAGAAGCUGCAGCGGCUCCAGGAGGACAAGGCCACCGUCCUCAACAGCCUGGUGGAGGCAGAACACCAGAUCAUGCUUUGGGAGAGAAAAAUCCAACUGGCAAAAGAGAUGCGCUCCUCGGUGGACUCUGAGACAGGACAGACGGAGAUUCGCACCAUGAAGGCCGAGAUCCACAGGAUGAAGGUCAAGCACGGGCAGCUGCUGAAGCAGCAGGAGAAGAUGAUCCACGACAUGGAGCUGGCCGUGGCCCGCAGGGAGACCAUCGUGACCCACGCCGAGGGGCAGAGCAAGAUGGACAAGAAGGCGGUCACCCGGACGGACUUCCGCCACAGGCAGAUGGAGCUGCGCAAGAAGAUCAGGGACGUGCACAAGGCCAACGAGGAGUGCACCAAGACCAUCUCAGAGCUGGAAGAGACUCAGAAACUCAUGAGCAGCUCCCUCCUUGAGAAGCAGGAAAAGCUGUCCAUGAUGCAGGCGGACUCCGACACGCUGGAGGCUGACCUCCGCCGGCUGGUGGCCCUCAAGCGACAGAACCUUUCGGAGAUUGUGGCCCUGCAGACUCGCCUCAAGCACCUGCAGGCUGUGAUUGACGGGAGGUACGUGUUCCUGUUCCGCUCAAAGAAAUCCCUGCUGAUGGAGCACAGGCGGCUGAAUGACCGGUUGGGCCUGCUCAGCACCAUCCUCACCCAUGUGCAGGAUGAGUACCCCCAGUUCCAGGAGGCCCUCAGCAAGGUUACCCAGAAGAUUGCCAGCAAGCUGGAGCCCACCUAGAAAGCUCAGGACUCCACCUUCCAAGGCCCACCCCUGAGGAAGACGGCCAGAAUUCUGUUUACCCUCAGGGGUCUUUCUGUGUUCCUAAAAAACAUGUGUGCCCCAGAAUGUCACUGUGUGAUGAAAUGGAGAGGCCGGCCUGCAGGAAUUAGUCCCCAGCUGCUCAGCAGCUUAAACCAAGUCCAACCCAGGGCUCCCUUGGUGCCUCCUGAGCCUGCUGGCUGCCUGUCUUCUGCUUCCUUUCUUGAGCUGAAUGGUCCAAGUGGAAGUCCAGCUUUAGCAACUCCCCCAUCUGCAGGAGCUUCCUGGAAUAUUGUCCCAGGUAUGGGGACGGGGGCAGGUAGGGCAGAGGGGACCCAUGGAGCAGGACUGGCCAGCCAGGCCAUGAAGGCCAUUUCAUUCCUACUCAGUGCUUCUGGCGGGGCACAUCUGGAAAUCCACCAAGCCCCCAAAGAACUUGGCCCCUUCUCCUGCCCCCACCUCCAGUGUAUGUACAAGUCAAGGCUCUCAGGACUUCCAAGGGAGGUGACCAGCAGGUCUGCCUGUCCCACGUCUGUCAGCCUCUCUCCAUCAUUAACCCUUUUUCCUGUGCCCUUGAAUUCUAUGCAUCAAUUACCUGUGGCUUCUCCAAAUCUGAAAAGGAAAAUGCUUGAUGAAAUAACUUCACUUUCAAAUUUUGCAGCUGAAGAAUAAAAACAUUCUUUCUGAA